UUUUCCACUGACUAGCUGUGAAGUAUUAACGUGCGCUUACACUUGAACUGCGUCUUUUUAUUUUUAUGUUUACAGUCAUUCAUUAGACUUACUGCUGCACUGUGUUACCUUUACGCUCGUCACGUGACACGCUUGCUACACAUAAUGAAACAUAACUAAAUUACCGUCGCAUAAUGCAUGACAUAUCUAUAUGCUUCGGGAUUAAUCGUACACUCCUGAAUGUUCAUCACCUACAAUUACCCAUCAGCAGGCUAUCAGGUUAUUUGCUGCAAACGAGAACUGCUUUAUAAACUCAAUGCAUGCAGGUUUUGUUAAACUGGGAUAUAAACAUUGCCUUUCGAGCUGUUCAUUUGUGACUUUAAAAGGGUUCUUAUUGAAGACAAUGGGCCGUUUGGAUGGGAAAGUGAUAGUCCUUUCUGCAGCAGCACAAGGCAUUGGAAAAGCUUCUGCUAUAGCUUUUGCCAAGGAAGGUGCCCAAGUCACUGCUACAGAUAUCAACGGGGAGAAACUUAAAGAGCUGGAUGGCAUUCCAGGGAUCAAAACCAAAGUUGUUGAUGUUACCAAGAAAGACCAAGUGGAGGCCCUGGCCAAGGACUUUGACUAUGUGGAUGUGCUCUUCAAUGUUGCUGGAUUUGUCCAUCAUGGCUCAGUACUGGAGUGUGAGGAAUCAGAUUGGGACUUCACUAUGAACGUGAAUGUCCGUAGCAUGUACCUGAUGAUCAAGGCCUUCCUGCCUAAGAUGCUGGCUCGUAAAUCUGGUAAUAUCAUCAAUAUGGCAUCUGUGGCAUCUAGUAUCAAAGGAGUUGUGAACAGAUGUGUCUACAGCACAUCUAAAGCUGCCAUCAUUGGACUGACCAAAUCAGUGGCAGCUGAUUUCCUGGAACAAGGAAUCCGCUGCAAUUGUAUAUGCCCUGGAACUGUAGAUACGCCAUCAUUACGACAGAGAAUUCAGGACAGACCUGAUCCAGAGCAGGCUUUUAAAGACUUUAUGGCCAGACAGAAGUCUGGUAGAUUGUGCACUGCAGAAGAAGUGGCACAUCUGUGUGUGUACUUGGCCUCAGAUGAGUCUGCCUACGUAACAGGAACUGAAGCCAUCAUUGAUGGAGGAUGGAGACUCUGAGGAUGUUUUGUUACAUUUAUUAAAUAACCUUUAACAUGCAUGCAGUUUGACUUCCAGAGAAACAUAGUCACUGAUUUUCUUUAUCUUUAAAACGUUAAUGCUGCUAUGGUGCUGUUGAUUGUACUGAAUAUGAAUUGAAUCAUUCUUGGCCACUGAUGUAAAAAAUUGUGGAUGCCAAGCUCACUUAUUGCACAACAUGUCAUCCAAUCUUCAGCUUUGUUUUAAAGAUAAAUUGCUUGGUUUAAAUAAUUGUAAGAUGCCAAAUGUAAUCAAAUUAGUUUUUUUUUAAUUAGACAAAUUUCCAAUUCAUGAAUAAAGGUUGAGAAUCAAUGUUUUUAAACUGAAACCUUGCAUCAAACC